AUCCACGCCGACUACACAAAAGAAGGAUCAUCCUAUGGUGUCCACCGAAAAUCGCGACCUGAGAACUACAAUUACAUAUACACCGCCAAACAGCGAAGUUACCUAAUCAUGGGAAACCAAUCCUCGAAAGGCUCGGGGGCCACCACCCCCAAGGGCUCAGCAUCACAGACGUCAUUGGACAAAACGACAGACCCUUUACAGUCUUAUCCCUCGUUUACCAAGGCAGAUACCAAAGAAUCCAGCAGAUCCAUCCGAGGGGCCUUGCGCUCCAAGAUACCAGGGUCCAAGACCGAUAGCCCUCGCAACUCGACUGCUGGAUUAAGCAAUGGCGAGGCCAAUGGCGAUAAGUCAGAUGCGGCGUCAGUCCGGUCUGGGAGAAGUUCUCGAUCAGCGAUGUCGCGGGGCAACCGCGCAGAUACGCCAGAUUCGCCCUCCACAACCACAUCCCCAGUACAAGACUCUCAAGAAGAUGUCACUUCCCCUCUUGAAGAUCCUCAACCGCCCCCAUCUCCAAUCCAAUCUGCGUCUAUGCGCCAAGGACAUCAUGAUGUAGAUGCCGCGCAAAGGAGUGGCGAAGUUGACCACGUCUCAGAUCAACCACCUUCCGGGGCCACGAAUCCACAUGCACACUUGCAACGGGCCGGGCAAUCGAUUCUUGUCAAGAGAGCAGACACGAUUAAUCUUAUUCAAGACGAUACUUUAUCUACACAUUCCCCAAGUACAGACGCUAUCUCCAGCAGCCAAAAUGCCUCAUCCAUUGCGUUGAGCGACAUAAAGGACUCGGAUGUGGAUGACUAUAUUAAACGGCUUCUUGAUGCCGGGUAUGCUGGCAAGAGCACGAAAGGUGUUUGUUUAAGGAACGCAGAAAUCACCUCUAUCUGCUCUCGAGCCAGAGAGAUUUUCUUGGAACAGCCACCUCUGAUUGAGCUAGAAGCUCCAGUCAAGAUUGUGGGUGAUAUCCAUGGGCAAUAUUCGGAUCUCAUACGUAUGUUUGAGAUGUGCGGCUUUCCCCCAAGUGCAAACUUCUUGUUUCUAGGUGAUUAUGUCGAUAGGGGCAAGCAUUCCCUCGAGACCAUUCUCCUUCUCAUGUGCUACAAGAUCAAGUACCCAGAGAACUUUUUCUUGUUGAGAGGUAAUCAUGAAUGUGCGAACGUUACCCGUGUCUAUGGAUUCUACGAUGAGUGCAAGAGAAGGUGCAAUGUGAAGGUUUGGAAGACUUUUGUAGAUAGCUUCAAUUGCCUGCCAAUUGCUGCUAUAGUUGCAGGAAAGAUUUUCUGCGUCCACGGUGGAUUAUCACCAGCCCUCAGCCAUAUGGACGACAUCCGAAAUAUUGCUCGACCAACCGACGUACCCGACUUCGGAUUACUGAACGACCUCCUAUGGGCCGACCCCGCAGACCAAGAGAAAGAUUGGGAAUCGAGCGAGCGUGGCGUCAGUUAUUCGUUCGGGAAGAAGGUCAUAUCGGACUUUUUAGCGCGACAUGAUUUCGACCUCGUAUGUCGAGCACACAUGGUUGUAGAAGACGGAUACGAGUUCUUCGAGGAUCGCAUUUUGGUCACGGUGUUCUCGGCUCCGAAUUACUGCGGGGAGUUUGACAAUUAUGGCGCGGUGAUGAGUGUUUCGACAGAGUUGCUAUGUAGCUUUGAACUACUCAAGCCUUUGGAUUCCAGUGCACUGAAGAGCCAGAUGAAGAAGAGUCGGAACAAGAGGAACAGCAUGGUCAAUAGCCCACCUCCGAAUGCCGGUAGCGGAUAUCCUCAAAGCGUAUAA